AUGUCGACAAACACCGGUGCCCCUGCGGACCCAGGCAAGAACGGUAUGCCUACGUUAACCGUGACGGCCUGCAAGGCUACUAUGCCCCCUCCGGCAACAUCGACAUUUUCUUUCAAGGCGCCAUUCCCGGUCGCUAGCCCGGGCGCGAUGCUGAAACCGCGACGAGUAUCACUCGCCCUACCAUCAUCUCCUCGUCUCGUACCAGACUCAGCCUGGAAUUUCCGAGACGACACUGGGAUAGAUGCCCACAGGACUGGCCAUAGCAACCCCGGUCAGGGGUACGAAUCCGACACUGAUGUUUUACUUCCUGAGAAGAGAGGGAAGAUGCGGAGAAUUGCCAGUGAUGGGGACGACUUCACAUUGGGAAGUACAAUGGGGGCUUCGGGAAGCGCAGAGAGCGCGGCGGGACCCAGUAGCGAGAAGAAACAAAGAAAGAAGUGGACGACGGAGGAGACGCAGAUGCUGGUGGACGGAUGCAACAAACAUGGAGUGGGCAACUGGAAGACGAUCCUGAGCGACAAGUCGCUCAAAUUUGAUAGCCGUUCACCCGUUGAUCUCAAAGACCGGUACGCUCUCAUAUUUCAUUCAUUCGCGACGACUCUAACGGAAUUCAUACAUCUAUCCAGCUUCCGAACAUAUUUCCCAGACGCAUACAGGCUGCACUACCCCAACGCCAAGACUCACCUCUCCUCGAAAAUCAGGAGGUCAACUCUCCCCGACGGCAAACCUCUCUUUGAGAAGACCCGCUCCAAGAAGCGACGACCGUUCACUGAGGCGGAGGACAAAGCCCUGAAGGAAGGGUAUGAGAAGCACGGCACCGUAUGGGCGACCAUUGUGAAGGACCCCGUCUUCCAGGAUCAAGGUCGACGCUCGACGGACCUGAGAGAUCGCUUCCGGAAUGCGUUCCCAGAUCUCUAUCAAGCGGCAGGCUACAAGCCCAGAGCGGCCAGUACCAAGAAGAAGGAGAAAGACGUCGCCACCUCAAUACUAUCAUCUGCUGGCGCCACAGGCAUUACCGCAGAUGAUGUCGAAACCAUUGUCGACCCUGCGGGGACGAUUACCGCACAGAACAUUUGGCGUCGCCCUGCUAUCCCCCUGCCGAUGCGCGCCGCAACCGAUGACCAAAUUCCAGAGUCUGGACCCGUCCGCCGGCGCCGCCGCGCGUUAUUUCGCGGCGGGACAAAGAGUGUACCGCAAAGUGCCACCGUUUCCGAGGAUGAAGAUGAGGGCACACUUGGGAGCGCGAUUGAGGAGGAUGAGACUUGCGUAUUGAAGCCACCUUUACGACGAGCGAAGCGACCCACGUUUAGCACUGGUUCCGAUUACACAACUUCGGAGAAGCGGCGCGCAAGGGCGAGCUCAGCAUCAGCAGCGAUGACGUUCGCAACAGUGGACAACGACGAGAUUGAGAUGGACUUGGAUAUUUCGAUUCCAGCCCCUUCUGGGAAAGACGCAUCGAUGGAUGCUUCUGCCUCACGCUCGUCCCAUCACGCCUCAAGUUCGCCAUCUGACCUUGAUAUCGACGAUUCCCUCUCGGCCUCCCACUCUCACUCUGGCUUGGAUACGCCUGUGCAUGGCCACGCUACCUGGUCUCCUACAUCAUCCCACCUUUCCUCCGACUUGCUUAGCCAGACGCAUACGCCAGCUAUGGGGAUUUCUUCGCCUACUUCAAGGCGGAUGGAUGCCAGAAAUCCGUCUGACGGCAAUAGCAUGAUUGGUAAAUCACCAUGGGGCACCGCUGACUGGCUAGUAUCCUCCAACCCCCGGUUAGAACCAACCAAUUCCAUGGGUGGCUUCAGCGGAACCUCCAACUCUAACGCAUCCAGUGCAUCCGUCAACGACCUAGACCUAGAUGUAGAUGAGAGCUUUUCGCCUGCUUCUCCUUUCUCUUUCAACCAUCUAAAUCACGGUGUCAUGGACCGCUACGAUCUCUUCCCCGCUUCGACGUCUCUUCAUGGACACAGUAUGAGCCACAGCAUCAGCCAUGCAUCCAGCCCACAACACUUUGGGCAGCACGCUCAGCUGCACAGCUUUGGCAUGCAUAGUUUGUAUAACAGCUCAAUGGACGAGAGGCAGGAUGACUUUGCGUCCGUCUGCUCUGAAAUUGGCUUCGGAGACCGAGACACCCACUCGACCUUCUCGGACGAUUUAUCAGGCUACGCUCAUACCGGGUUCAGGGGAUUCACUCAUCACUCCAACUACGCCGGAGACUUGAUAUUUGGUGCUCGAACGCAUCAACCGCAACAGCCGUACUAUGGUAUGGGCUCAGCAUUAGGAUUAGGGCUAGGUGGUCCGUUCGGUGCUUCCGCGGGCGUCGGCGUGAAUAGUGGCUUUGGUAUGCCUAGCAACAACACGAUGGAUAUGGCAGCUGAGGGGCUCGGUGGUAUAGGCCUUGGUUUGGACUUGGAUGGCAUGUCUCCUUCUCCAGCGACGGCCAUACACUCACUACAAUUGCAUGGGUCGUCCUUGCCAGGCAUCGACGAGAUUGAGCUCACGAACAUCACGCUGGAUGAUCGGGCCCAACCCGAAGAGCCCGACCAAACCAUGGAGGACGCCGCGAAUCCAAAGGACACUAUGAAGCUAGAGUCUGCAAAUACGUCUGCAAUCUCAACAGGGAGCCAGUACGACCUCACAAGCAUAGAUGACCUCAUUGAUCUUUCUCAGCAUGAAGAUCCCUCCCUGAACACCACACCUCCUGGGACACCCGUGAUGUCGUCCCGACCAUCUUCUCUAUACCACCGGGCGCUCAGCGGGUUUAGCGGCCAAUCACUACAUGGUCGCUCUAUCUCAGUGCCACCUUCGCAAGUGCGAAGCGUUUCUCGACCGGAAACUGCUCAACCACACGCUCAUUCGGAACCGGAGUUAUCCGUUCUGCGUUCUGUUCCUUUCUUCAGUUCUCUUUCUCAAGAUUCCACCAAACGCAUACCUUCAGCAGAUCUCAGUACUGCUCGGCCUCCGUCAGCAUUUGCCCCCAGUUUCGCAUUUGGUAUGCUUACCUCCGGAGGACCAUCCCAUCCGAACACGCAGGACCACGACCUACCGUUUUUGGACUUGCAUUAUAAAACCUCUAGCAACCCGUCUGGCACGGGUGAUGCUAUGGACCAUUCGCCUGGCUCGAAGCCUGCGUCUGAAGGUUAUUAUCGCCAGGGGCAAGCCCUCGAUCUAGCGCAAUCGGCUGCUACCUCCGCCGCUCUGAAAACAUUGGGCAUACCCGCCUCUUUACGGAGACACAUCCCGAUGCCACCUCCCAAGUGUACGGUCAUCCCGUCGAGCAACCUGGGUAGUGGCGGGAUGCUCAGUCGCAGCCACUCGUUGCAUCAGCGCGGUCAGAGUACAAGCAACGUAGUUUCGCCGCAGGACCUCUUGCUGCGCAAGACCAGCGACACCAAUAAGCGAAAGAGGAGUAGUUGGGACGGGGGCGCCUUCUAG